AAUAUGUGCCCAGGGCUGCCCUAGUGGACUUGGAGCCUGGCACCAUGGACAGUGUACGAUCAGGGCCUUUCGGGCAGCUCUUCCGGCCUGACAACUUCAUCUUCGGACAAACGGGCGCGGGCAACAACUGGGCCAAGGGGCACUACACGGAGGGCGCGGAGCUGGUGGACGCGGUCCUGGACGUGGUGCGCAAGGAGGCGGAGCACUGCGACUGCCUGCAGGGCUUCCAGCUGACCCACUCUCUGGGGGGCGGCACGGGGUCCGGGAUGGGCACGCUGCUCAUCAGCAAGGUCCGUGAGGAGUACCCCGACCGCAUCAUGAACACCUUCAGCGUCAUGCCCUCGCCCAAGGUGUCGGACACGGUGGUGGAGCCCUACAACGCCACCCUUUCCGUGCACCAGCUGGUGGAGAACACGGACGAGACCUACUGCAUCGACAACGAGGCCCUGUACGACAUCUGCUUCCGCACCCUGAAGCUGACCACGCCCACCUACGGGGACCUCAACCACCUAGUGUCGGCCACCAUGAGCGGGGUCACCACCUCGCUGCGCUUCCCGGGCCAGCUGAACGCCGACCUGCGCAAGCUGGCCGUGAACAUGGUGCCCUUCCCGCGCCUGCACUUCUUCAUGCCCGGCUUCGCGCCGCUCACGGCCCGCGGCAGCCAGCAGUACCGCGCGCUCACGGUGCCUGAGCUCACGCAGCAGAUGUUCGACGCCAAGAACAUGAUGGCCGCCUGCGACCCGCGCCACGGCCGCUACCUCACCGUGGCCACCGUGUUCCGCGGCCCCAUGUCCAUGAAGGAGGUGGACGAGCAGAUGCUGGCCAUCCAGAACAAGAACAGCAGCUACUUCGUGGAGUGGAUCCCCAACAACGUCAAGGUGGCCGUGUGCGACAUCCCGCCGCGCGGCCUCAAGAUGGCCUCGACCUUCAUCGGCAACAGCACGGCCAUCCAGGAGCUGUUCAAGCGCAUCUCGGAGCAGUUCUCGGCCAUGUUCCGGCGCAAGGCCUUCCUGCACUGGUACACGGGCGAGGGCAUGGACGAGAUGGAGUUCACCGAGGCCGAGAGCAACAUGAACGACCUGGUGUCCGAGUACCAGCAGUACCAGGAAGCCACUGUCCACGACGGCGAGGAGGCUUUCGACGACGACGACGAGGAGGUCGAUGAGUAGAGGCGCCUCCCAGCUCGGAGGCUCGCACGCUCUGAUCUUUCCCUCACCCUGGGCCUCUUACCCCACCCGCAGAGCGUGCUGCAGAUUGUGCGCUGGCCUGUGUGCAGCUGCAGACCCCUGCGGAGGCAACAAGGUUGGACUGUCUGCACUAAAGUACGUUAAAUUAGCAGAGAACUGGCAAUUCUACCCAAUCAGAAGAUCAGACUAUGGAGAUUUUCUGCUAGAGGACUUUAAAGAAAUAACUAAGGGGCCAUAGAGGGCUACUGAGCGUUCGUCCCUCUGAGAAUUAGCAGGAGAGUUAGAAACUGUUUCAUCCUUUGUGGUGAAGCCUGAAACCGUGAAGUGUUGCCUUAUUUGAAUAUGCAAUAUGGAACUUUGAAACAAUCUAUUCAUAAUAAAAUAUUAAAUUGA